AGUGUCCACUGCCUUGUACAUGUUUACUCACUACCUUCUUGAUAUCUAUGAGACAAAAAUUACAAGCACACGGGUGGAAUUCGAACCCACGAAAUUUGGCAAUUCUAGAGCAGACGCCGAGAUCCCCCAAAACGCGUGAAAGAAGCUCUUGGGGGCGCCCUUCGUGUUUAGCGGUGAUUAUUUAUUUUACCCAGAAAUUAUGUCAAAGUCUGUUUACAUACUCUGCCGCACAAAAUUCACUGAUGAUUUGAUCACAAUCGAGUGCCAUUAAAACAAGUUCUGAAUUAAUCAAGUCAGCUUUUGGAGACGUUCAUCGGAAGACUGUUCGCUUCAUUUGUUCGAUCCGUAGCGGCUGCCGAAAAAGCAACGGAACUAAGCCAAAUUUUUGUGUGACUGUUGCACUUGCACUUGCAUUGCAGUGUUGGUCUGCCACUCAAAACUGCACGGAUUGAGACGCCGGAUUGAAUGUACUGAUUGUGUUUAUCCAUGGAGAUGGUUUAUCUAUCUCCCCGCAGUUAUUGAAGAAGGUGACGUCUUGUGUAUUGUAUGCAACAGUCCUAAUAUGCUGAGCUAAAGUAACAGUUCGUGGAGGUUCUACUAGUACAUACAUACAACGUACCAACAACUAACUACACUCUCCUGUUUGUUUACAAUUCAGGAUUUGGAAACGAAUUACAGCAAGAAUCAAGAAUUUACAGUUACAUUGUGUAAGAUUCAACCCCUGACAUUUAUUUGGAGUAGAAGUCGGGAGGCAAGUUGAGGCUCAACCAUCCGUAGACGGACAAUUUCUAGUACCUCGGGUUAACCUUGUGAGGCUCAACAUGCCUCAAGUUGAGGUCAAUAACCAAACGGCGGAAGAUGCGGCUAGUUCUGAUUUAAAAUACUACGGGGUUCCGCCACGUAAGCGUCAAACAUUGACGGUAUCCAACACACCAUCCAGCAGCUCAGAAGGUGAUGCUUCACUGGUUACCGCAGAAAGUCAGGUCCAGCUACUGGAGAGGAUAGCCAGUCUGGAGGAGGAGCUAACUCGGACAAAGUGGGAAGUUACACAACUCCGCGAGCUGAACUCACAUCUCCAGCAAGGUAUCCCUCAUGUCAUUCGUAGGACGUUCCGUGAAGAGCUCAACACAUGUACAUGUAAAACACAUUCAGGUGGCUUAAAUACGCCAUCCAAACAAGGUUCAUCACACAAACAACGUGGGGGACAUCGCGAAGGCAAACAAAAGCGACACAAGAACCACAGCUCAAAAGCUACGCCCGGUACAGUCACAAAGAAAAUGCUAAUGAAAUGGUUUGGUCGGGACACCUUGGCGAGGAGUACAUUGACAGGUAAAGGAGGGAAGUCCAAGACGCUGACCAAGGCCCAGCUAGAUCCCUCAAUUGUCAAGACCAUCGUCGCUAAAGUGACAGAGCGAUUUGGAGUCAGCGAAUGUGUCGUCAGAAGUGUUAUCUCACAAAAAUGUAAAGAAGAGAUGGUGAUUCGAAGAAGACGUUUGACUUUAGAAAUGCAAAUAUCUGGUGCGGACAAAGUAGCGUAAGAAAACAACAACCAGAACAACAGUGCCAGAUUUUAAUCUUCUGAGCUUACAGAUCCUAAACACUUUACCAAAACCAAAACUUUACAAUUUUAUAAGUGGAAGCCAGUAAAAAAAGGGUAGAAAUAUUGAUUAAUGGUAAAGAUUUUUGCUCAAGGACUCAAUAAUUUGGCACUUGUGUCCUUGGGCAAAUACCAUAAUUGUUUCGUCAUUCAGGGGCCAAUUUCAUAAAGCUGUUAAGCAGAAAAUGCUGCUUGACAAAUUGCUUUGCUAAGCAAAAACUGAGCAGGCACCAGACGACAAUGUGAACUUAAUGUAAUUUUGGCUGAUAACCUAAUUCUGCAAUACUUUUCUCUGCUUAGCAAGUCUUUGUGCUUACAGGCUUUAUGAAAGUGGGCCCAGAUGGGGCAUUAAGUGUUCUAGUAGAAUUGGCAGUUUACUUAUAGACACUGGACACUAUUUGUAAUUGUCAAAGAGUAGUCUUCCUAGUUGGUGUAUCUCAA